AAAAAUAAGGGGGGUCCAGGGAAUGUUGGGAUAAUGGUUUUAAUUGGCUGUAGCCUAGUCCAUAGCUAAAUUUGUAAUCUGAAUUACGUCAUUAGUUUAAACAAGUUUACGAUGCAGGGCCAUAAAUGCUUAAACACAUUAAUGGCAUACUUUAGAUAAAACUAGACAGCAGUAACUCUACCACAGGUUAAUAAACCACAGAAAAUCCUGGAAGCCAAGAAGUUCAACUGGAAGCUCAGACAAACUCGGUGAGCGUCACUGUAGUGGUUUUCCAUUAAGGUCGCUCCUUCACGCUGGAGCACUUGAGGAGAAGCUUCUUCCAGCUGAUGAAGGUCGGAAGGACACGCCCUUAACUCCGAAACGUUUGUCAGCUGCUCAGUGAAGCGGAGGAACAGGCCGAGCUGUCCUCACUCCCCUCUCCGUGGCGCAUCCUCCGUCGAGCUCAGCCCGCUGUAUUCAGCUCCCUGUGGUCCACGUGCCGGGGAGCAAACGCGCCUCGGGAUGGACGCUCUGAAAUCCGCCGGUAGAGCCAUUAUCAAGAGCCCCGGAGUUCCGCGGCACACCUGGGGAACUUCCAAGCACGAAAAGCUGGCAGAGAAUUGGACGGACACCAAGGAGACCCUGCUGGAGGGGAUGGUGUUCAACUUGAAGUACCUGGGUAUGACACUAGUGGGCCAGCCUAAAGGCGAGGACAUGGCUUCAGCUGCCAUUCGCAGAAUUGUUGCCACAGCGAGAGCCAGCACCAAGAAGUUUAGGAAAGUAACACUGACAGUCUCGCCAAAGGGCAUCAUCAUCACAGACACAGAGACGACAGACCUCAUAGAGAAUGUCUCCAUAUACAGAAUUUCAUAUUGCACGGCAGAUAAAACUCAGGACAAGGUCUUUGCAUACGUCUCUCAGAGUCAGUUCAAUGAGACCCUGGAGUGCCAUGCAUUCCUCUGCCAAAAGAAGAAGAUUGCUCAGGCUGUGACAUUGACAGUAGCCCAGGCCUUUAAAGUAGCCCUAGAUCUUUGGGAGAUUGCUCAGGAAGACAAAAGCAAGAAGGCCAGAACCUGCUGUUCCUGUGCAGCAAGUGACAGACAGACAGAGGCAACAGACUCUCGGUGUGUUCCAGCAGAUUCAGAGGAACACAAGCCUGUUGGGAUAGAGGAGAAGCUCCGAAGGCCUUGCUUCUCUGCCUCACUCAGCUCGCCCUCGCCUCAUAGUAACCCCACUCGAAGGCGACCAAUCAAACAUGACUCUUGGGACAUGGAGGAUGGACUCGACGAUACGUUCUCAAGACUGGCCGAGUCCUGCUCCGGACCCGUCUCUGACAAUGCAGCUCUGAGUCAGGAGGUUGCCAGUGACGAUCUGUCUGCAUCAAUGAGUUUGAAUAACACACACACUGGCAAUAGCUGCCCCACUUACAGCACCACAGAGAUCAUACCACAGUCCCCAAGACCAACAAAAUAAACAACCACAAAACAGCAUACCUCAACCCAACAGACAGCAAAACAUAUCGCACUCCCCAGUGCACAACCUGAAGCCUAGAGGCUGCUUGAUAUUCUGACUGUUGCAGAGAAACCAGAAUGAAUACCCUGAUACUAUAACCUUUUCUGUGUAUGCCUGCCAGUCAACACACACUCCUCUCGGUGUAAACAGCCAUCUCUUGUCAUAUUCAAAUGUUCACAAACUGCCAAGAUGAGAGAUGGUGAACACAGUGUGCAAGGUUAUUGGAUGAAUACUAAGUUUGGAGUUUUAAAUCUAAAUUUGUAAGAACACAAACACAUGGAUUCCACUUAAAUUCUGCUGAAAACUGAACACAGGUGUGUGUAUGUAUGUGUGCGUGCAUAUUGGACUUUCUUUCACAAACACACAAAAGCUUUCUAGUCUUGUCAUUUGCUUGAUGGAGUAACAACUGUCACUGGAAGACGUCCUGUGUUAGAAGUUCUCAUCAGACACUGAUGAUGAUAUUGGAUGAAAUCUACAUUUGUCAUUCAGAGUGUUGUCCUGAAUGAACUAGUAGUUUUGAGAAGGAAGCAGCACAUGGUGUAUGGUACUGUGCAAAGGACUUAGGCAACCUUUGAUGCCUGUAUAUGUUUAUCAGAAUACAACUAGAAAAUAUAGGAAAUAUGUACAUAGUAUUUAAAAAAUAAAUAAAUAAAAUAAAAAUGUCAGGAAAAAAAUUGGUAAUCAAGCUGGAUACUCCAGAUGUGGUAUUCAAGCCGUUUUAAAGAAAUAUGAAUAUUCCGGAAAGGUCAAGAAGUUUCUGAGUUUCUUUUUUGACAGACUGGAGGAAAUCCAGCAAGGACCUGGCAACUUCAUCUGGAUGCCAAGUUGAUCCUUCCACAAGCUGAAGAACCUUGAUCAUGAACAGCCUUUGUGGAAGGACAGCAGUCAAGAAACCACUUUUUUUUAGAAAGGAACAGGGAGAAAAGGCUGAGAUAUGC